CCCACUCGCCAGGCCACGCCCCAGGUGUCUGGGCCUACCGGUGCCCUCGCUGUGCGCUUGCGCGAAUCGCCGUUGUCCGUGACUGUGUGGGGUCGCCGCUGUCACUUGAGCCCGGGGAUUUGGGGCCUAGUGUCCGAGUCUGAGAAACACUGAACCCCAAGAUCGACGAUAAAGUAUUCGGAUCCAAUGAGCCGUUGGAUGGGGAACGGGCGGGAUUUGGGGUAAAGCUCAGUAAAGGAGGAGGAGUGGAUCAUCAGCAAAGCCGGGGGGAGGAGGUGGAGAGAGAAAGCUAAAGAGAAGGAGGUGUGGAUAGAGAAAGAAGAAUAAAGAGGAGGGGAGAGGACGAAAGAACCAGGAGAUAAAGGAAGUAGAGAUAAAGAAGCAGAGAGGGUCACUGACUCCCUUCCAGGAUAGAGAGAAAAGGACGUGGACAGUAGAAAGGAAGAGUGAAGCAGACAGAGUCUGAACAGAAGGGUGUCUGGGUCAGAGAAUGUGAGGGUAGAGAGAACAGGAAAGGAUAGGACACGCAUCCGUCCAUCUAUCCAGGGUACAGACUGCUCAGGGCGAGUGACUGAUCCAAGGGGCAAAGUGGCUGAUCUUCCUUCCCCUCCCCUCCUGUAGGUUCUAGCAGUCAGGGGCCCCCCUCAUGCACAGUGGUCAGAUUGGCUUUAAAAUGGGGAAGGAGUAGUGAAUGGGCUUGAGGUGGAUCAAGAUAUUAGGGUCCAUAGGGGAACAGUUGGGUUUUGUGGAGAUUGCCAAGCAAGGCUCGGGUGGGGAGAAGGGGAGUGUCUUUAUGGUGAAGGCAAUACCGAUGGACAGAGCUGCCAUCAAUGCAAAGCAGAGGAUGAGGAGGACCUGGCUAUCUCUGUAACCUCAAGAUCCUUGGCUUGUUGCUCCUGCACUUGGAGAUUUCUGCAACUUUGGAAUUGUCCGGGACACAAUGUGCGAGAACAGCAGAGAUUGCGGGAGUCCUGACAGCUCUUCGGUCAAUUCCCCCCAACGGCGGCGAACAAUGAGUAGCUCUCCACCCCUCCAUUCCUCUGUCGUCGGGUCAGGCAUCUCAUCUUCGGUUAGUUCUCCCGUCAGCAGCAUUGGCGCGCACUUCUCAGUCAUCAGCUCUUCCUUGAGCUCCCCAUCAACACCAUCCCUGGGCUAUCGGCCUGUGAACAGCCCGCAGAUAAACUCCACAGUCAGCAUGUCGAGUUUCCACGCCGUCAGCAGCUCUGAUGAUGUUCAGUCAUCGCUGGGCAUGAAUCAGUCUGUUCCUUACCCAGCUGGCUCUGGUACCUUGUCGCUGAGGCGCAUCUGUGCCAUUUGUGGAGACCGGUCUUCAGGCAAACACUAUGGUGUCUAUAGCUGCGAGGGUUGCAAAGGCUUCUUCAAGCGGACUGUGCGAAAGGACCUGUCCUACACCUGCCGAGACAGUAAGGACUGUACGAUUGACAAACGCCAACGGAACCGCUGCCAGUACUGCCGCUACCAGAAGUGCCUGGCCACGGGCAUGAAGCGAGAAGCUCUGCUCCUUUCCGCAGCCGUCCAGGAGGAGAGGCAGAGGGGCAGAGAGAGGGGCGAAGAGGUGGAGUCCACCAGCGGGGCCAAUGACGAAAUGCCUGUGGAGAAAAUCCUGGAGGCCGAGGUGGCGGUGGAACAGAAAUCCGAGCUGCAGGCUGACGGGGCCGGAAACGAAGUGGCUUCGAUGGAUGCGAUUUGUCAAGUACUCGCUGAUGCUGAGCCUCAGGCCACAGUCAUUCGCCGUGUGAUAACAGCCAAAGAACCCAACGACCCAGUGACCAAUAUCUGCCAGGCAGCUGACAAGCAGCUCUUCACGCUGGUGGAGUGGGCGAAGCGUAUCCCACAUUUCUCCGAGCUUCCGCUGGAUGACCAGGUCAUCCUGCUGAGGGCAGGUUGGAAUGAGCUCCUGAUCGCCUCGUUCUCGCAUCGAUCGAUAACGGUGAGGGAUGGGAUCCUGCUGGCCACGGGGCUCCACGUGCACCGCAACAGCGCGCACAGUGCUGGUGUUGGGGCCAUCUUCGACAGGGUGCUGACUGAGCUGGUCUCCAAGAUGAGAGACAUGGAGAUGGACAAGACGGAGCUCGGUUGCCUGCGAGCGAUCAUCCUCUUCAACCCUGAUGCCAAGGGGUUGUCAAACCCAGCAGAGGUGGAAAUUCUCCGAGAGAAAGUUUACGCUUCACUGGAGUCUUACUGCAAACAGAAAUACCCAGAGCAGCUUGGCAGGUUUGCCAAGCUGCUCCUGCGCCUCCCGGCCCUGCGCUCCAUUGGACUCAAGUGCCUGGAGCACCUCUUCUUCUUCAAGCUGAUCGGAGACACGCCCAUCGACACCUUCCUCAUGGAAAUGCUGGAGGCACCGCACCAGCUCUCCUGAGUGAGCUGUGAACCCCCCACCUCCAUCCGCGUGAGGACCACCUCACCCCACGUACCCACCCGGAGCUGGCUGGCACACCGUUGGACAGUUUUCGAGAUGGUCUGCUGCAGCAAUGGUGGAGAGAGCCCUGUCAGAUGGUUUGGGGGUGGGCAUGAGGUGGGGUGUUUGCAGAGAGCAGGGAGUGUGGAUGGUGGGUGCUGAGUUGGCCCGGAGGAUCAUCAGCAUGCACGGUGAUGGUGAUCUCUCUGUUCUUGUUAAAGUCCUCCCUCCCUUGCUCCUCACUUCUGCCUGGCUCACUUGCUCACUGUCUUCCCUGAGGAUUCCCGGCCACUCACUGAGUGAAGCCAGUCUGUAGAUGCUGCCUUCAUUUCCUCCAAUCAGGCUUUGCUUAAUUCUCACAGCGAGCUCUGGGAGAUGCAUGCGUGUAAGUAUGCACGUGUGUGCACAUGUACUAGUGGGUGUGUGUAUACGCACGGGGAGAGCAUGGAGGGACAUCCCGACUGCAGAUUGACUGACUGCAAAAAGGCCUGUAUGUUUGAGCGAUGACUGUCAAUGAGACAUAUAGUCUGCAGCUCUCACUGUGUCUGAUGGCAUCGCUCAGUGAGGCUAGAGCACAUGACCAUGGGAAGGCACAUCCUGUGGUCAGGCUGGAGCCCAGAGGAAGUGACUCAGGGUGGGGGAGAGGGCUGAGGUACCGGCCCAGAACUCUGAGUCAUUUGCUGACAGGAAACAAUAACUAGAAGAAAUUCACAUGACAAAACAUGAUUGAUAAAGGACGCUGCUUCACAGGCUGGACCAGAUUAAUUGACGAUUAGAAUAUGGUUCUUCACUUUGUAUUUAAACUGUGCUUUACCUGCUCUGGGAGUGUUUGAUAGGGACAAUGUAGAGGGAGCUUUACUCUGUAUCUGAUACUCCGUGGUAUCCCUGUCCUGGGACGGUUUGAUGGGGGACAGUGUAGAGGAGGCUUUACUCUGUAUCCAACCCUGUGUUGUCCCUGUCCUGGGACUGUUUGAUGGCAUAGUGCAGAGAGAGCUUUGCUCUGUAUCUAACCCCAUACUGUCCCUGUCCUGGGAGUGUGUGAUGGGGGACAGUGUAAAGGGAGCUUUACUCUGUCUAGCCCUGCACUGCCCUACCCUGGGAGUGUUUGAUCGGACAGUGUAGAGAGAGAUUUACUCUGUGUAUCUAAUCCUGUACUGUACUAGCCCCCAGUGUUGCUGGUUGACUGAACUGAAUGAAAUUCCUUUGCUGAACACUGACGUCCCAUACCUUGUGGGGUUUAUCCAAGUGGCUUUAAGGCAGGGCAUGACUGGACGAGGCUGGCUGCCCCGGAGACCCAAGCCAGUGACACAAAAUAGAUGCUUUGCAAAGAACUAGGGAGAAAUGGACUGACAUUUUGUCUGUUCUUGCUGCUCCAUUGAACUGUUGUAUCGAGUGCUGUUUGCACAUGUGCAGGUAGCUUUGAUUUAUUGAGGCUCAGACAAUAUUUACAGCAUGUUUUACAAAAUAAUAUCAUUGUGAUGUUUUUGACAUGUAUUUUGCUACCAAACGCAUUAAAAAUGAAUGGCAUUGUAA